AUGGCUUUAGUCAGUAGGCUUCCAUCCCUUUCUUCCUCAAUCUCUCAUUUCAGUGAAAGACCCAAUUUUUUUCCUAAUUCAGUGAAGCCAAUUUGUUCCGUUCAAUGCAAUUCCAAUUCCCAGAAGAAUUCUUCGCCUUUCACUGAGAAGCAUUCGAUUGAGAGGUACCAAAGAGAUAAUUGGCUGUAUCAGUUGGACCAAUCCUGCUUUUGCCCUGUUCCGGGUGAUUCCAGCUCCAUUAGGGACUAUGACAUAGCUCUUCAACUUCCCGAGUUGAAGAAAUUGCUUCAAGUUUUGAAGGAGAAAAGGGAAAAUGGAGGUGGGUCUGGAAAUGGAGGGCCUGGGAAUGUGUACUUGGUUGGUACGGGACCUGGGGACCCGGAAUUGUUGACGCUCAAGGCUUUGAGAGUGAUUCAAAGUGCUGAUCUUUUGCUGUAUGAUCGAUUGGUUUCUAAUGAUGUGUUGAAUUACGUUAGCCCUGAUGCCAGACUUCUCUAUGUUGGCAAGACUGCUGGUUUUCACAGUAGAACUCAGGAGGAAAUUCACGAAUUACUCUUAAGUUUCGCUGAAGCUGGUGCCACAGUUGUGAGGCUUAAAGGUGGUGACCCACUGGUGUUUGGUCGCGGUGGAGAGGAGAUGGACUUUCUACAGCGACAAGGAAUUCCGGUUGAAAUUAUUCCAGGUAUAACAUCUGCUUCUGGAAUAGCUGCUGAGUUGGGAAUCCCCUUGACUCAUCGAGGAGUUGCAAAUAGUGUCAGAUUUCUCACAGGUCAUUCAAGAAAUGGAGGAACAGAUCCUUUAUUUGUGGCAGAGAAUGCAGCUGACCCUGAUUCAACGUUAGUAGUUUACAUGGGUUUGUCAACAUUACCUGCUCUCGCCACAAAAUUGAUGCAUCAUGGUUUGCCCCAUGAGACACCAGCUGUUGCAGUUGAGCGAGGGACUACACCUCAACAGCGCAUGGUAUUUGCAGAGCUGAAAGAUCUAGCGGAUAAAAUCUCUUUGCACCAGCUGGUAUCACCAACUCUUAUCAUGAUUGGCAAGGUUGUUGCACUUUCACCUUUAUGGGGAGCUUCUGCUGAAGAGAAUUUAGCUUUGGCAGAAUCCAGUAGUCCCUUGUAA